GAUUUAGUGGUGUUCAACCUCAAUACAAAACGAGCCACAAAUAACAACAACAACUUAUUUUUGAUAACAACAACAAGAUCGAAUAUUUUAUGGACAGCUCCGCCAAUAUUAAUAAAGCUGUCAAAUUUCGAUAACAGUAAGAUGGGCAGUAUAGAGCAGUACCAUAUUUUACUGUAUCUAAGCAAGGAGCAGGAAGAUGCUGUAAAAUAUCUGUUUAGUAAGAGGAAAUGGAUUUACCAAAGAGAAGUUGUAAAUGAAGAACUCUUUAGCAAACUUCAAGAACUGAAACAGCCUACAGAAAGUCAAACACUGGAUAGAAAAGAUGCCACAAAUAAUGCAGCUUGCUCAAAGUCUAAAUGGAAGACAAUACAGACAAAAAGUGAUGGAACUGGUAAUUCAAGUGAACUUCAAAAAGUUUCCAAAGUUAAACUUCACAGGAAGAGGCUACAUAGGGAUGAAGAGUGUGACAAAGUUAAGAUUGGAAAAAGAAAUUGUCACAGAAAGAACAAAGAAGAAUUUAACAAGUUAACUGAUGUAGUAGAAGUAUCAAAACAAGUAACUGAGGAAGGAAGUGUAAACAAAGAGUUAUAUGAAGUAGAGAAACCAGAUAGUUUUGAAGGACAACCAAAUGAGACAAGAAGUGAACUAGAUGGAGCUUUGUGGAAGAAUGAUAGGAAAAAUCAUAAUAUUGAAAAACAAACUUCUGUUAAGUCUUUGGAAAAUGAUGAAGAUGGUGAGGACAUAGAAGAUGAAUACAAGAGACCUCAAGUAUAUAACACAGAGGAUGAGAUAGAUGCUGAUUCAGAUACAGAUGAUUUAGAAUAUAACAGAAAUGACAAGAGCAGAUUAGUUGAAGACGAUACCAUAAAGAGUGGCAUUGGUGGCAGUGUGGAAGGCAUAGAGGAUACAAUAAAGAGUGGCAUUGGUGGCAGUGUGGAAGGCAGAGAGGAGGCUAAGGCUGACAUAGAGAAUACAGCAGAGAAUAUAUCAGUGGAUCAAGCCUAUUCAGACAGUGAAUAUGAUAAUGAAGUAAACAUAAGGCAUGAGUCAAUACCAAAGAAAACAAAACAUAGAACACUUCUGUCAAAAUUAAAGAAAAAAAGACUUAAAUUUUUACAUACCAAGGAAGAGGAAUGUGAAAAGCCAGUGAGACUGGAGAAUGGGAAAGUUUCUGCUGAAAGUCUGCCCAUUCAGUGUUUCCAUUGUGAUCGUAGAUUUGCUUAUGAGAAAUAUCUUAAGAAGCACAUAAAUCGAGUUCAUCCAUGCGAGUCCAUUGGGAUGUAUUGUGAAUACUGCUCAGCAAAUUUUAAAAGGCGUCCAGAUCUCUAUGCACAUAUUAAGGAAGCUCACCCACACAGAAGAAACAAGAAUAUACAAUGUGACCUGUGUGGGAAUGUGUUCAAAUCCAAAGGAUCUUAUGAUGAGCAUAGGAAGGCUGUUCAUACAGAUAUUAGGGCAUUUGAAUGCGAAAUUUGCAAUAAGACAUAUAAAUCAUUCAGGGUGUUGAAAAUACAUCGACUGCGGCAUGGACCAGCAAAUGAGAUUUGUAAUGUUUGUGGCAAAACUUUCCGGCUAAGGUCAGAGGUGAAACAUCACAUGAGAAGACAUAUGAAUGAUCGUAGAAUACAGUGUGAUACAUGUGAUAAGGUAUUUUAUCGUAACAGUGAGCUGAAAAAUCACCAGCGGAUUCACACUGGUGAAAAACCUUACAAAUGUUCACUAUGUACCUAUGCAUGCACAAUUAAGGGUAAUCUUGAUAAGCAUUUAAGAACACAUCAGAAAAGUGGCAAUUCUAAUAAAAAUGUGUUUGGAAUUAGUGGAAGGAAAGAGAAAGUUAGUGAAAUGAUUCUUCAAAGUCUCCCGAGAAAUUCCUUGGCUAAUGUAUUACAAACUCAGGCAGGUGUAAGUGAUUCCAUGAUUAAUGUUUUAGCUAGAACUGAUGACAUAGAUGCCAGUACAGUCAGUGGCAGUUCUGGAGAACCGAUUGUUGGUAUUAUUCCACAAAAUGCCUCUGAAAUGGUUUUAACAGUGGUCCCAGCAAAUUCUGGAGAAACUAUUUCACCUAAUCAUAGAGACAAAAUUGUUGAAAUUUUAACUAAUACUGAAUCAAAUUUGACUAACUUGUGGCUUUAUCAUGGAUUAGAGCAACAAGAAAGAGCUGCAGUUGAAACAAUACAGCAGUGGCAAAUGAAAGGCUAUGAGAUAGCACAUGGUACAGAAAAUAUUUCACAGCAGUUGAGCAUCACACAGGAGAACUCCACAUUGCAGUCUCAAAAUACAGGUGGGCCUGAUGACUGUGAGAGUACAAGGGAGGCCCUUGUGUAUACACAGAUGAGAGCAGCUGAUAAAAUAAAGCCUAGAGAAGCUGUGAUUACUGAUGUGGUUGCUAAUGCCACUGCUGCUGCAGGUAUCCAGGUUGUCUACCCGGCUAAUACCCAGUCUGAUAAACAUUAUAACUCAACAGAAUUAAAAGAUGAACAAAAACUGAACCCUGUAUCCUAUUACCAACAGGCUUGUUCAAAUUUGUUACCAAAAUUGCCUGAGAUUGGGUCUGUGCAAUGGCAACAAGUCACAGAUAAAUCAGUUGAUGCUGGUACCCCUUCAGAUGCAGUACACACUCCUGUAUAUGCCCAGCUGAAGGCAGGAGAACAAAUUACCAAGGACAAUAAUAUAGCUGUGGCCUGGGCUCCAACAUCUGACAAUAGUAAGGAUAUACCAGCAAAUAACCAGAUAACCAUUGUACAUGGCUUCCAAGAGAAUAUAUUUUAAAUUUCCUUUGAAAAUAGUAUUUGGUCAAUUCUCAAGUUACCAUGUAAAUUGCCAAACAAUAUGUUUUUGUGAUGAAUUGAACCAAUGAUGCAAGGAUUAAACAUAUAUUAUGACUGUUCAUUAGAAUGGUAGUAUCUGUUCAUGAAACAUGCAUAUAUACAUAUCUGUAUUUAUAUGAUAUUCUCUAAAAUUCAUAGAAUGCAAGUUUUAAAUGCUGCAAUAUUGCAAUAUCUUUGAAUUAAUUAAAUGCUACUUUUCAUAAUACAAAGACUGUGCAAUAUAGCAUGAUGUACUACAAGUAGACAUGUAUUCACAGUA